CGCGUGAGUCCCCCACUGGCUGCUGUGAAAAGCCAUCUUUGCAUUGUUCCCGGGUCCGGCUUCCUGUUCGCCGCAACCACCUCCGCCGCGCGUCUCCUCCGCCGCCGCGGACUCCGGCAGCUUUAUCGCCAGAGUCCCCGAACUCGCGCUUUCUUUUCCGUCCCCUGCAUCGGAUCACCGGCGUGCCCCACGAUGUCAGACGCAGCCGUGGACACCAGCUCCGAGAUCACCACCAAGGACUUAAAGGAGAAGAAGGAAGUUGUGGAGGAGGCAGAGAAUGGACGAGACGCCCCUGCUAAUGGGAACGCUAACGAGGAAAAUGGGGAGCAGGAGGCUGACAAUGAGGUAGAUGAAGAAGAGGAAGAAGGUGGGGAGGAAGAGGAGGAAGAGGAAGAAGGUGAUGGUGAGGAAGAGGAUGGAGAUGAAGAUGAGGAAGCUGAGGCUGCCACAGGCAAACGGGCAGCUGAAGAUGAUGAGGACGAUGAUGUUGAUACCAAGAAGCAGAAGACCGAUGAGGAUGAGUAGACAGCAAAAAAGGAAAAGUUAAACUUAAAAAAACAAAGGCCGCCGUGACCUAUUCACCCUCCACUUCCCGUCUCAGAAUCUAAACGUGGUCACCUUCGAGUAGAGAGGCUCGCCCGCCCACCGUGGGCUGUGCCACCCGCUGAUGACACGCGCUCUCCACCACCCAACCAAAACCACAAGAAUUUGCAACAGGGGAGGAAAAAAAGAACCAAAACUUCCAAGGCCCUGCUUUUUUUCUUAAAAGUACUUUAAAAAGGAAAUUUGUUUGUAUUUUUUAUUUACAUUUUAUAUUUUUGUACAUAUUGUUAGGGGUCAGCCAUUUUUAAUGAUCUCGGAUGACCAAACCAGCCUUUGGAGCGUUCUCUGUCCUACUUCUGACUUUACUUGUGGUGUGACCAUGUUCAUUAUAAUCUCAAAGGAGAAAAAAAACCUUGUAAAAAAAGCAAAAACAACAACAAAAAAACAAUCUUAUUCCGAGCAUUCCAGUAACUUUUUUUGUGUAUGUACUUAGCUGUACUAUAAGUAGUUGGUUUGUAUGAGAUGGUUAAAAAGGCCAAAGAUAAAAGGUUUCUUUUUUUUCCUUUUUUUGUCUAUGAAGUUGCUGUUUAUUUUUUUUUUUUUGGCCUGUUUGAUGUAUGUGUGAAACAAUGUUGUCCAACAAUAAACCGGAAUUUUAUUUUGCUGAGUUGUUCUAACAAA